AUGCCGCGCCUUGUCCGACGAAAGCCGCUGCUGCAGCGCAUCUACGCCCAUCUGAAUCCCAUGGAUGCCCUGCUUUGGCUCUCAGAGGAGAUGGAGACACGAGACUGGGAUUCGGCGCAACUGGGUACGCAGCUUGGACUGGGCAUGAAUUUUGUCUUCUUGCUUACUCGCGCAAAUCAUGGCUCGGAAUCUGCCAACGACGAUGUGUUUGGCGAGGAGCAAGGCAGGAGUUGGACAUCACUUAUUAUCUUCCCUUUCGUCUGGGGCCUUGUUGCUUUGUCGGUCACGAACGCGGUUUACACAAUCUCAAGAACACGAAAGUACCGAAUGUUUGAGGCAAACAUCGAUGUUCAGCCCGCAACCACAUCCGCUCGACGAGUCCCUGUACAGUCCACAUCCGCCACAUCAUCCCCUUUGCGAUUUAUCUCGAAUAUUAUAACACCUGAGGCUGCUGAAUCGCGAGCACACCCAGACAAGUCGCGGGACGUUUGGGAGCUGUCUGUCUGGGAUCCCUUGCCAGUUUCGCUACGACUAUUCUGCCUCUUCAGCCCUGGUCAUGUUUUAGUUUACUUGGUUUUCCUGCCUCUUGCUCCUCUUGACCCGCGACCCAGUAUGACGAUCUUCAACACUAUCCUAAUGCAACUACUGUUGUCCUGCCAAAUGGUGUUCAUCUCAUCCCGGUUUACGCAACAAGCCCGAGAUAACUCCAUCAUUCAGAAAGAGGUGAUGCACGAGUACGACACCAAGUUUGUGCACCCUCUCCUUCACCCAGUUGUACGAGAUGUUGGUAUCCAGACCUCGGACGAUCUACCCGACAGCUUCGACGUUGUGGAAAUUGGAACCCCUACGACACUCAUCAGACGAACAUUCAGAACCAACGGCAACCCGCAUAUUGACGCAACAGAAACCGUCACAUCCACAGCAACAAACACUCCUAUGGCACGGCCACAGAUGUUUACUCCGUCCACUGCGCCACGCAAAUCAGAUACGUUCCUUACCCCUUCCACCAGUCUACGAAGCACCAUGCACCGGAGCAGUUUGCCCGCUGGACGGCUACCUGGCUCCGUGUCAACAAACGCUUUGCCACAUACUACAUCCGCGGUUGGCCCAUUUGCCGACAGAAUAAACACGGUACACGCGCGUGCCAUCUCUCCUCUGAAGAAGACUGUCAGCCUUCACGAGCUUGGCGCGCAAGAAAAUCCACCUCGCUUUGGGCUCAAUGGCUUCAAUGAUGAAAAUAGUAACGAACUUAUGAGCAGUCCCAUCCCAGCUACUGGGCCUAGACAGCCAGGUAGAAAAAGCUUCAGUGCAGGGUCUCAGCAGUUGAACGCGGCAAGACAGCGAAAUCAGCAAGAAAACUCGCGCCCCCGGUGGUAA